CACACGUACAUCAUAAAGUGCUAUAUCCGAUUUCUAAAAUUAGCAAGAAAGUGAUUUGUUUAUUACCAACAAGGUUAUGGAGGGAAGCAAAGUUUCCGGUUGGGCUGCUAGAGACUCAUCUGGCAUCCUUUCUCCUUAUUCUUACCACCUCAGAAAACCAGGUCCGGAAGAUGUAACAUUCAAGGUCUUGUAUUGUGGCGUAGACCACACCGAUCUUCAUCAGAUCAGAAAUGAAAUACACUCCACUACCUACCCUUUGGUUCCGGGGCAUGAAGUCGUCGGAAAGGUUAUUGAAGUGGGCUCUGAGGUGAAGAAAUUUGAAGUAGAUGACAUUGUAGGUGUUGGUUGUAUGGUUGGAUCUUGUGGGGAAUGUCUGUGUUGCACUACUAACAAGGAACAAUACUGCCCCAACAUGGUGUUCACUUACAAUGCCAUUUAUAAGGAUGGAAGCUUUACUCAGGGAGGCUUUUCCUCUGCCAUGGUGGUCCAUCAGAACUAUAUAGUCCACAUACCAGAAAUGCUAGCUCCAGAGCAGGCAGCGCCACUACUAUGUGCAGGAGUGACAGCUUACAGUCCCUUAAAACAGUUCAUUGACUCCAAAAAACCUAUAAAAGCGGGAAUCUUGGGUUUGGGGGGAGUUGGUCAUUUAGGUGUUUUAAUUGCAAAAGCAAUGGGCCAUCAUGUGACUGUGAUCAGCUCUUCAGAUAAGAAGAGAGAAGAGGCGUUAACUCAUUUGGGGGCUGAUUGUUUCUUGGUGAGCUCAAACUCCGCUGAAAUGGAAAAAUCAAGAAACAGCCUUGACUAUAUACUUGAUACUGUACCAGUAAAUCAUCAAUUACAAGAUUACCUUGCUCUUCUUGGAGUUGAUGGAAAGAUAUUUGUUGUUGGAGCUGUACCUGAGCCACUGCAGUUCAAUGCAUCCGGUUUGAUUUUAGGAAAGAAAACAAUAACUGGGAGUUUCAUUGGAAGCAUUCAAGAGACGCAGGACAUACUUGAUUUUUGGGUGGAAAAAGGUUUGAAGACAAUGAUAGAAGUAGUGAAGAUGGACUAUGUGAAUAAAGCAUUUGAAAGGAUGGAAAAAAAUGAUGUAAGGUACAGGUUUGUGCUGAACGUGGCUGGGAGCAAUCUUGAGUGAUGCUUGAUUACAGGUUGCAAGGAGUAACGUUUAUCAAAGGAUGUUAAUUUAUCAUGUAAAUGUAAUUGCAAUAAAUUCAACCAACUUUUAAGAUUAUAAAA